UGCCAGUUGCCACCUCCUCUCUCUCUCUCUCUCUCUCUGCUCAAAAUUUCGAUUCUGUGGAUUCUUCUCUGUUCUUUAUUUUGAUGACCAACUAUGGUCGAUCUCAUGGCUUUCUUUCCUCAGCUAAUGGCUCCCCUCAUGUUCUUUGUAACCAAACCUUUUGUCUCUGCAAACUGGUGUUUAAAUUUGCUCUGAAAACUAUGUUUAUUGUGAUUCACACUUGGGUGGAGUUGCUGAUAUCCUCUAUCAGUUUCCAUCUGAAUUUGUUCCACAAGAUUAUCAUAUGGAUGAUUUCUCUUAUUUCUCUUCUUAUGCAAAUUGUUACUGCCUUGAAAAGGGAAAGGCUGCUGCAAGAACAUUUGCAUGAGAUGCAGAUUGAGUUGGAUAGUCUUGUGUUGGAUAGGAAGGAACUUCAAGACCAACUCCACAUAGCAAUGAAAGAAUGCAGAACUCUGGAAUCGGUGCUAGCAGAAGUUGAAGAGGAAAAUGAUAGAGUUAUUGCCAAAAUUGAAUUGCUGGAGGGUGAGUUGCAGAAUCUUAAAGUUGAAAAUCUUCAGCUGAAGGAAAUUCGGAGUAAAGACCAUUGGAGCUUUAAAGGACAUUAUGAUGCAGACGAUGCACCAAAUGAUGAUACUGAUGAUGCUGACGGCCAUGGCAUUUCCUAUGCGAGCCAAUCAUGUUGUAAUGGAAGUGGAAUCAUAUUUGAAGGCUUCAUGAUGCAAAAAGAUGCCUGGGAAGGUGAGGGCAAGAGGGAAGCAGAACUGUUCAAAUUCUGGAAAACUGGGUGCAAAGCCAGGUGGUCUGUCCAUUCAUUUUCACAUUGUAUCAUCUCAAGGAGCUUAGACAUAAAUGAGGGUCUGGGUCAGAGAAUGGAUGUUGCACUUUCACAGUCUGUUUUCAGUGCAGUGUUAUCCCUUUUGGUUGGAAUCAUUAUCUGGGAGGCUGAAGACCCCUGUAUGCCCCUUGUGGUAGCUCUUUUUGCUGUUCUUGGCAUGUCACUGAAAAGUGUGGUUCAGUUUUUCUCUACCAUAAAGAACAAACCUGCUUCUGAUGCAGUUGCUCUCUUAAGCUUCAACUGUUUCAUACUUGGCACACUCACAUACCCAAUGCUACCGAGGGUAGCCCAUAUUUUUGCACUAUUAACUGUAAGUUUUUGGACUAUGGACUGGGCUAGCUUGGUACGUAUUUCUUUAUUAGCUCAUUAAUCAACUUUUCUGUAGGAAGGCACGCAUCUUGUACAUUCUUGUAUCGAAAGCUGAGAGUGAGUUUUUUAGCUUAGCUGUAGUUUAUUCUUGUAUGGCUUCUGGAAUAUUAGGUUAAAUAGACUUGUAUUUUGGCCUUCUAAUUCUUGUUUCUCUUGUGAACUUUCGUAUGUAUGCAUAUCUUAUGGGUUGUUUCGGUAUUA